AUGGAUUCCGAUCGAUUGCAGACUGAGGUUGUGUUUCCGGUGUCGAUGAGACCGAAACGGCGAAGGAACGAAGCAGCGAGCUCGUGCUCCCUCUCGUUCGGCUACGAGGUGCAAAGUCCGGUCGUCGCAAGCAGCAGUAGCAUCGAAGACGAGGCCUUCGGAGGUCUGUGGUCGAUGGGAACAGUAGAGAAAGAAAGCGAGGGGAGGAGGUCCGAAAAAGAGUCAGGGAUUGUCGAUCGGUGGUGUUUCGGUCCGGCUGUGAGGUGCGAAGGCAUGGGAUUCGGUGUGGCUAAGAAGUUGCGAUGGGCAGGAGGCCAGGAUAGGGUCUCCGGGAGAGAGGCAACCUCGAAAAACACCCACUUCAGUGGUGUGUUCUUGACUGAAAAUAAAAAAAGAAUGAAGAAUAGCAACAAAAUCUGCACGGGGUGUUUGGCUUCAGCUGGAAAUGAUGGUGAUCAAAAGGUGUUGGAGUGUUGUUCUCCUUUUGCUUGAACGAUCAAUGGAAGGGAAUGGCAGCAAGCAAACCCAUAUUUGGUGUUGGUACGAUGCAGUAGGAUAAUUGAACAAGAAAACUUGUAGGCUUUAGUUAGAUGAACACUCCAACGUUGUACAAUUGAUUGGUAAAGUGAAUGAGUUUCAUUUUGUUUUGGCUGUCAAUUUAGGAGGUGUAUUUGAUUUUAACUUUGCAAACGCAUUGGUUUAAUUAUUUAUGUAUUUGUUUGGAUUUAGAAACAAUGUAAUACCCCAAUUAUUUGUGCAUUGGUGUGUGUGGAUGUAUUAUACUAGUUAUACACACAAGUAUACAUAUUUGGAUAAUAAGGUGCAUAUUAUACAUGUAUUUUUGUAUGUAUUAAUAUAUUUUUUUGUAUGUAUUAAUAUAUUGCACUAGUUUAUGUAUAGAUGGUAUUAUAUAAAGUGUAGGAGCUGACCAUUCUUGUAUUUAGAUAUAUAUUUAAACAUUUAAGA